CCUCUAUAUCGCGCACCCCGUAAAUCUGCUGCUCGACCCUGCAACUAAAGCCGCACCGCGGAACCACGCGAACCGCAAGCAGUUAAAGAGUUAGAGUAAUAAGUCGCGAUAUUUUCCAGAGAGAGAGCUUGGCGUAUACUUUUUUUUUUGCGUUUGUUGCUUCGCUGCUCCAACCGGCCACAACCCGAUCUCGUGUGUGCGAGGAGAUACGGUCAGUGUUGUUUUGGUUGUUGUGGGGUUCGAAAGCUCUCGAGAGACACUUGUCUGCCGUACUUGAACGUUGAGUCAAUCUGUUGGUCGGCGCGGUGAAUUACCAACGCAGGUACUUCUACGGUCCGGACGUCGUCGUGCGAGAGUCCGCGGAAUUCGUCAAGUGCUGUGUUUGUUUGUUUGUUUGACGACGGUGACGGCGAACAUCUUUGUGAAAAGUUAAAAUCAAUGCGAAAAUUCGCUUGCAUACGCGCCUAAACGGAUGGACGAAUAAAGUGCAGGUGGAAAUGUUGCGGAUGUUUUGAAGGUUACGCUUACGAGAUUUUGAAGUGAAGAAGAUCGACCCCAGCUGUUACCAAACUCGGCGGAAUGCUAUUAGGCCGCCCGUGGUAAAAGGGGUUAUUAAGAAAUGCAUACCAAAAACCGUGCGUAAAGUACAGUGAAUGUUUUGAAAGGGCCGAGACCUUCGACCAUUUCCCCUGUUGGCAAUCUCUCAAAUGUAGCGAUUGUCAUCGAGCUUUGUGCAUUGAUUGUUCACCAACCGAUACCGAGAGUUAUCUUCGUGUAGCUAAAAGAAAUUUCCGUAUCAACGUUUCGAAACCGGAUUUGCUACGGCUACCGUUUGUUGGUUGUGAGCGUGCGUUGCUUCGAAUUUCCAAGAGUUCAACAACUUUCGAAACGGAGGCGAUGGACGCGUCGGGAAAAGGAUUUGUCGGAAACCUGAAACACGCAUAAUCGUUGGUUACGAGACGUUGCAGUCUCAGACAGUGAAAAGUUGAUUUCAAGUAGUAAACAAGAAAAUACGGUGUUCUUACGGAUUGUACAACUAGUGUACCUAUAGAAGAUCAAAAUUAAUUUACGCUUGCUGCAAAACCAGUGUCCCUUUGUUCUAACAAGCCAGUGAAAUAUGACAAUAUAAAACUUUCAAACUAAAUACCGCGCGCGUGUGUGUAUUGUAUAUCUAUGUAAAUAUUGACGUGAACCAGAUCAACCAGCAGCAGCGUGUCACGUGGCCCUGGUGCAAUUGUUUCUGCAUUGCCGUGAGCUUAGAGAGCGUCAUUGAUGACUAGCCAUCUUCGCAAUCGAAAGCUGCAAAGCGGGCACCUGUGCUGGAAGUGGUGCUAGCAGCGGCAGAGUGGCCUGCAGUGAUGGUUACAACAAUCAAGAUUACCUGCGACGGAGUGUUUAUCCAGUCCAAUUCGUACCUUACGAACGGAAAUCAUCAUCACCAUCAUCACCAUCACACCCGGCAACAGUCGGCUCCAGUACCGGUGCAGGGUAGUCAGCAUCUACUGAGGGUAGGUGGACCGGAUAGUGAUCAGGGAAGUGCUGGCAGCAGUAGUGACAAAGAGGAUCCUCAAAUGAGUAGAUUCAACUUUACCGGGAUCGGUACCGAUCGGGACGGGAAUAACAAUCGUGACUUCGAUCCUCCCAAAGUGUACCCCGGUGUGGGUAGCAACAACUUUCAGAAAAUCCGACGCCGUUACCAAUCGGAGGAAGUGUUGCCUCGUUACCAAAAAAUCAACGAAAACUCCGAUGGUUCCGAUACCGUCGAUGCCGCUGGACCCAAUUACUACACCAGUAGCGGUGCCAAAUCUGAUGAUCAGUUUACGAUCUCCUUCCUGAACACCCGCGGCCAGAACGGCAAGAGUUUGCUUAACCAAAAAUUUAUCGUCUACAACAGUAAGAAACCAAAGGCUUCCCCGAUCCUGCAGAACGGUGUCAUCCACCCGAGCCAGUAUCGUCAGUUUCUGAACGGCCGACUUAAGCCGGCCUUUUCGACCUCCGUUCUGACAUCGCCUUCGCUGAUCGCUACCGUUGACGGUACCGGUAGUUCCACUGGGCGACCAUCGACCGCUACUCCUCCACCCGGGCUGGGGGUAGCCAAAUCAACGUCCUAUCUACAACAGCGAACAGUAUCGCCCGCACCGUCCAGUUCGGUGUCAUCACUUUCGCCCUCCAGUGGGUUCGCAUCGGUCUCGCCGACACCGGUCGUCUCACCAGCAGCGGGCGCCGACGGUUCACCAGCAGCAUCAUCGAAUCUUGAUGUCGAUGUAAGGAGCGAGUCACGCGUUGACCGCAGAGGUUACGGAAACUAUCAGCAGCAGCAAUAUCAGCAACAACAGCAGCUCCACAACACAUUGUCGCGUCGCAACUCCACCGGAAGCAGUGUGCUGAACGGCGGAAUGAACAGCCAUACGGCCGCUAUCAAUCUGCAAUCGUCCGGUCAAACAGCUGUGGUCAGUCAUCAUCGGGGCUUUUCAUCAACCGUGGUAGCAGCAGCCAACUCGGCCGCCUCGGGCGACUGUCCAUGGUUUAUGCCGCAUCAGAUACCCCCGACAGCACCGGCGCGGCAGCACAAGCGUCCCGCACCCCAGCCCGGUGGAGUCGGCGUUCCCACAGGCGGUGGAGUCGGCGGCGUAGGACUAAUGCAGCCACCACAGUUCAUUAACCCACCGCCCGCUCCCCAGCAGCAAAGUCAGCAACAAUCGCAGCAUUCGCCACAGCAGCAGCAGCACCAGCAGAUGGCACCACCACAAUUACCUCCACACAGUGUAACUAGUAAUCAAAAUCACAAUUCCAUCCAUCUGCAGCAGCAGCAAGUGGCGCAUCACCAGCAGCCUCCGCCAUUGCACUCCGUGUCAAUGGUUCCGCCGGCCCAUCACAUACCAAAAUCCCCCAACCAGCACAACAUGCUAGGGCCAUCGAGCCUCCAGCAGCAGCAAGGUCAACAACUUCACCAGCAGCCGCCGCCAGUUCAGCACAAUGCCAUCAGUAGCCAUCAAUCGAAUCUCAUGUCUGUCUCCAUGAACAGCGCCCAGCUGCAGAAUCAUAUUCUCUCCAGUCAACCAUCGCCGGCCUCACUAUCGGCUAUACCACCCCAUCCUGUCCAGCAACAGCAGCAGCAACAACAACAACAACCACAACAGGUGCCACCCCCACACGGCGGUAUGUCUAGUUCGAUGCACGGCCAAAUUGGACUGCCACCACCACCACCUUCCGGAGGAACUGGAGGAUUUGAUAGCAACGGUGUUCCGAACAGUUGGAAUAGUGCAGGACCUGCGUCUCUAUCGCCCACUGCUACUGCUGCUUCAGCCCAGCGUAGGGCCGAAGUAAAUGCUAAGUUGAAUGCGAUGCCAUGGUUUCACGGUCGGAUAAAGCGUGAGGAGGCGGAAAAUUUGCUGAAACCCCGCGAGGACGGUCUGUUUUUGGUGCGGGAAUCAACCAAUUUCCCCGGCGACUACACGUUGUGCGUGUGCUUCAACGAAAAGGUUGAACACUACCGGAUAAAGUAUGCGGAGAACAAGCUGACGAUCGACGAUGACGAAUACUUCGACAACCUGGGCCAGCUGGUGGAACACUACACCCUGGACUCGGACGGUCUGUGCACUAAACUGAUGAAGGCAUUGCCGAAGGAGGAGUUCUGUGUCAAGGAUUUCCAGGAUAACGGCUGGGAGAUUAAAAUGGAAGAUCUGCAGCUGAAGGAAAAUAUUGGCAAGGGCGAAUUCGGUGACGUAAUGCUUGGGAUACUGAAGGGCGACAAAGUUGCUGUGAAAGUUCUGAAGGACGCCGGUCGGGCGUCCAAUAAGUUCCUUGCCGAGGCGGGCGUGAUGACCACCCUCGAACACGAAAAUCUAGUAAAGUUUAUCGGACUGGUGUUUCACGAUAAGUACAUCUAUCUGGUGACGGAGUACAUGAGUAAAGGAUCGCUGGUAGAUUAUCUCCGGUCGCGGGGCAGGCAGCACAUUACUCGGAAAGAUCAAAUCAAUUUCGCAUUUGACACCUGCGCCGGAAUGGAGUACCUGGAAAAUAAGAAGGUUAUCCAUCGGGAUUUAGCUGCACGAAAUGUUCUCAUUUCGGAGGAUUGCGUCGCCAAGGUGUCCGACUUCGGCCUGGCACGCGAUGAGCGAUACACGGCCGAUAUAAGCAAGCUGCCCAUUAAGUGGACCGCACCGGAGGCGCUUAAGGAGGGGAAAUUCUCCAACAAAACCGACAUGUGGAGCUUCGGCAUACUGCUGUGGGAAAUCUAUUCUUUCGGGCGAGUCCCGUACCCCAGAAUUCCGUUGGCCGAUGUAGUGAAACACGUCGGCAGUGGCUACAAGAUGGAAGCCCCCGAGGGAUGCCCACCGGAGAUCUACGAAAUGAUGCGCCAAGCGUGGGAUCUGGUACCGGAAAAACGGCCCACCUUUGCCGAGCUGAAGCGACGACUCGCCGUGUGUAAGCGGGAAACGGCCAACACCUAUGUGACGUAGAGCGACUGCCGCUCGGAAAAGUAGACCGACUAAGUAGUAGUCUUAAUAAGCACAGAACAUAGAACCGACGCCAUCAUAUUUUCCGGUUAGAACCAUCAUCCCUUUCCGCCGCCAGCUCGAUCCGGCGGCAGCGGCCAGCAGGACAGAGCAAAGCGAUAAUCAAAGGGAUCGGUUAGGUUAGAGGAUGUUUUGGUUUUCAUUAUUUUGCAUUUUGUUUCCUUACAGGAGGAAGUUUUUUUCCCCCGACAGUUUAACUUUAGAAGCAGAUUCUUUUAUUGAAAGAUUCCUUAAACGCACCACCACUGGAUGCACUCGAGAAACCGUCGAAGUGAAUUGUACAGAAAGUUUCGUUUUCCGUUCGUCCGCACUGCAAUUUUGGUACGUCCAUUUUUUUGUUUUGUAAUUUUUAAAUAUGUAUUUCUGUUAUAUCCUAAUCAAAAUGAGUAAGGAACAUCAGACUAAAAAGUGUACAUAGUUAAUAUGAAUCUUAUCAUCUAAUGUUUCGAUAAAAAAAAACGUUUGUCAGCAACAAAUAAUAAAUUAUUCCAUCUGUGGGAGUAUGAAAUAAGAUUGAUCACUGGUUUAUCGAAUUGCAAUCUUUGUUCAGUGCGAAUUGUCCGCGAAGUUAAAAACAAUGGCAGUAAACGUCAAUAACGUCAUGGGGAAACGGAAAGUUAGUGAGUUUCAGUUAUUUUGCAGUGAGUUAAGAUAAAUGUGUGUUUUUAGCACGUUAAUUUAUUAAGUAAUCCCAUAUUAGUUCUACAAAUUGGUACUACCGUUUUAGUUCUUUUUUGGUUCAGAAGGCAGGAAACAAUCUUCCUUCGGUGUUUUUCUCGGUUAGGUUGAAAUAGAAGUGGUUGUUCAAUGCGAUAGUUCGAUAGGGAAGAAAUAAGUUUUAAAGAAUGUUUAAGUCUGGCAGUAUUUCUGAGACAAUCAUUGAACAUAUGAUAAAACAGCAAAACAUAAUUAGUCUCAGUGGAUUUUCGCUUGUAAAACAAUAGAAUGAAGAUUUCAGAACAUGUUUAGGGCAUUUCUAGUAGAGAAUGCAUGAUGGAAUCAGUUUUCCAUUGCUCAAUAUUGGGGCUUGGCUAGGCAUAACUAACACAAGUUUGCUGAGAGCAACGUGGUUUUGAUUCAAGACGUUGUGACAGGCAGUUUGAAAUUGGUUUUGAGCAGCAAACUUGCAAUUAAAUAUGUCCAAAAAUUGGAAAAUGGUGGAACCUAUUUUUGACGUCAGGAACUUGCAUGACACUUUGUAUAUUGGAGUGAAUAGGUUUUCAAAAAUAUCUGAACUAACCCCAACCAUUGACUUUACUCGAAACUGCGCAUUUUUUCCCGGAUGUCUCAGCAAAUAUUUAUUAUGUUCGAAGUAGAUCAGGAAAGAUGAGAAAACUGUGUUAAAAGAAUGUCUUUAACACAAGUCAAGUAAAAACAAACAAUAAUUAACGAUAUGAUAUUCAUAUUUGUAAUUUAUUACUAUUAUUAUCAUAAUUAUUAUUGGCGCAAAAACGCUAUAAAUAAAAAAACAAAAGAAAUAAUCUGAACAAGUCAGAACUGUAAGCAUUACAAUAUAUAAAACCUAUUAUAUAACAAGUUUGCGCAGCUAUCAACACGGCGGGAAAGCCACCCAGCAAAAAGCUGAAAAGAAUUCAAUGCUUAAUUCUAAGUUUGUGUUGGAAAUAGUUUCGAGCAGUCAUUUUAUAUGUGCGUUUGCAAAUCUAUGAUAGUAUAGUAUCAAGAACUAAACACAAGUUAUAAGUAUAGGAAUUUGUACAUCUUCGUGAAUUGACUUUGGGUUAGAACAAAGAAAUAACACGAUUGUGUGUGUGUAUGCGUGUGUUAAGUAUUUGUUGGUAGGUUGUGUAUGUACAGUUUUCGUGUGAGAAUGUUCGUUUGAUUGAGCGCACUGUUUUAUAGAUGAAUUUUAAUAUGUUUUAACGAGAUGAGAAAUGUAAUUUGUUUUUAAACGUAUAUUUCUUCCUAUCAAAACUAUUCCAUCAUUAGCAAGAGAAAGUAUAUAGUGCAAGUGAACGAUUUUCGCUCGCAAAAAUGAAUAAGACAGAAAGUUUCUGCUCGAUAUUUCUUUUCCAGUUACACGCUUGAAACCCUCCAUUUUUGUUGUUUUCUAUUUUUGUUUAGAGAUUAUUAUUGUUUUUAAUAUAUUUAAAUCGAUCGAUACUGGAGGAAGGUGCAACCAGCGAACGAGCAAGCAAAUUUGUAAAUACUUGAAAAAACCCAAUCCAAAACUAAUGAAAUUAAUAAAGAAAAGCGCUAACAUUUUACUCAAGAAAA